GCUCACUAUUGCAAGCUAGCAGCUCGCACUUGCCAUUUGGCACGUCUCCAUCAACUGAUCGAGCUCGUAGCAGCUCAGCAAGCCACGGCCAUGGCAGGAGGUAAGCUGCAGGACAGGUUUCAGGACGACGAGGACGUGCGCGUGGGCGUGGACCGCUUCCCAGAGCGGCACCCCAUCGGUGCGACGGCAGCGGACGACCUGGGCCGCGACUACACCGAGCCGCCGCCGGCGCCGCUGUUCGACGCCGCCGAGCUCUCGUCCUGGUCAUUCUACCGUGCCGGCAUCGCCGAGUUCGUGGCCACGUUCCUCUUCCUCUACGUGACGGUCCUGGCCGUGAUGGGCGUCAGCAAUUCCCCCUCCAAGUGCGGCACGGUGGGCGUCCAGGGCAUCGCGUGGGCGUUCGGCGGCAUGAUCUUCGCGCUCGUCUACUGCACCGCUGGCGUCUCCGGCGGCCACAUCAACCCGGCCGUCACCUUCGGGCUCCUCCUGGCCCGGAAGCUGUCGCUGCCGCGGGCGGGCUACUACGCGGUGAUGCAGUGCCUUGGCGCUGCCUGCGGCGCCGGCGUCGUGAAGGCGCUCGUCGGUGGCGCGCUAUACGAGGCCGCGGGCGGCGGCGCCAACGCCGUGAACCCGGGUUACACCAAGGGCGACGGCCUCGGCGCCGAGAUCGUGGGCACGUUCGUGCUCGUCUACACCGUGUUCUCCGCCACCGACGCCAAGCGCAGCGCCAGGGACUCCCACGUCCCGGUGCUCGCGCCGCUGCCCAUCGGGCUCGCCGUGUUCCUGGUGCACCUCGCCACCAUCCCCAUCACCGGCACCGGCAUCAACCCCGCCAGGAGCCUCGGCGCCGCCAUCAUCUACGACAGGCCGCACGGCUGGCACGGGCACUGGAUCUUCUGGGUGGGGCCGUUCACCGGAGCGGCGCUUGCUGCGGUGUACCACCAGGUUGUGAUCAGGGCCAUCCCCUUCAAAUCCAGCGCUCACUACUAGCUGACAUGAUCCUACUGUACGUCGUGCCGACCCAACAUGUAGUCCGAUGGCUCCAUGGAAUGUGUGUUCGUGUGUGCCAACCUUGUUCGUACAUGUGCUCAAUUUUCUUUUCACAUGUUUGAAUCCAUGGAAAUGUGGAAUUAAUAAAAUGUCCAGUUCAACAGUAUGGCAUCGGCCCACUUGUAAUGCAAC